GACAAAUGAAACGCUUUUAUUAUCGCAGAAAUGGCGAAUUUUUUGCUGCACAUUGAUAACAAAGGUGUAAUCAAAAUUGUGUGUUGACCCAAAAAAUAUCAAAUGAUUGCACCGAACAAAUUCGAAGUGAUGACUAAAUCAUAAACGACUUUAGAUACUAACGGGCUGACACAUUUGAGUAUUUAACUUUCGCUUUUUCUUCAUUUGACUUUGACAGUUCCGAGCGAAAUCACUAUCUUUCAAAGUAAAUACGCGAACACAAUUGUUUUGUGUGUUUUUUUUUUCUCUUCAUUUUCUCUCUUGCUCAUACGAUGCGUCAUACUGUAGAAAACAUUUAGAUUUGCUAGUGAUUAAUUUAUGAACAAAUUUACAUUAGUACAACAAUUGUUUUUCGUCCACACUUGGAUUUAAUUCGUUUCUUUUCUUUUUUUUCGCAUUGUAAAUAGUAGAUUGUGACGUAAAAAUCGAAUAAAAUAGACAUAAAUACGAAUAACUUGUCAUAUUUAAAUUGAGAUUGUUAUUUUUUGCACGGUCGUAAACUAGAAAGCUCUGAAAAUGUUUUCAAGUGGUCCGAACUAUUCGAAAUUGAAGACAAACCUUCGAUUGGCCGUGAAUCGGUUGCGAUUAUUGGAGAAGAAGAAAACAGAAUUGGCACAGAAAUCUCGUAAGGAAAUUGCGGAUUUUUUGAGCACGGGCAAAACGGAACGUGCCAAAAUUCGUGUGGAACACAUCAUCCGGGAGGAUUAUUUGGUUGAAGCCAUGGAAGUGGUUGAAAUGUAUUGCGAUUUGCUGUUGGCACGGUAUGGUUUAUUGCAACAAAUGAAAGAGUUGGAUGAGAAUAUUGCCGAGCCAGUGGCCAGUUUGAUUUGGGUGGCACCGCGUCUGCAAGCCGAGGUAGAAGAGUUACGAGUCGUUGCCGAUAUUUUAACCACAAAGUAUGGUAAAGAGUAUGCUGAACAUGCUCGUACAACGACUGGCGAUCAUAAGGUUUCAGAGAAACUUAUGCACAAGCUGUCCAUCCAAGCUCCACCAAAGCUGUUGGUUGAAAAGUAUUUAAUUGAAAUUGCAAAAAUCUAUAACAUUGCUUAUGAACCAGAUCCACAAGUUAUGCGAGAAGAAGGUCGACCCAUUGGUUUGGAUGGUAUGCUGAUCGAUUUGCAGCCAGGAAGCAAUAACUUAGGAGGUGGUGGUGGAGGUGGUGGUGGUCACAGUCAGCCACCGAUGGGUUUCAUUGAUUUUCCACAGCCACCAGCUUUGCCAGUUUUGCCUCAGCCGACAGGAGCAUUCAAUUAUCCACAACCGGGCACCAGUUCGACUCACAGUGCUCCACCGUUCAGCUACAAUAUUCCACCGUAUCCACAGUUGGACCAGGAGAAAAAGGAUUUGAACACUCAAUUUUUAUCGGGGGAAAAUCAAAAUUUCCCACCUCCAUAUUCAGCUAUCAAUCCGAACGAAGAAAUUCAAAAUUUGAAUAAUACACCCAAGCCGCAACCAAGAUCGAAAAUGUCACCGCCACCACCAUCAGCAUCUGCUCCGCCACGAGCCAAUGAUGAAUUGCCCAAUUUGCCAAACGUGCCAUUGGAUUUACCGGACGUUCCAAACUCAACAGAGGGAAACAACAACGAUGAAGAUAUCGAUUUUGAUGAUCUAUCCAGACGCUUCGAAGAGCUCAAAAAGAAAAAAUAAGUUGCAUAUAGAAAAAUCGCCUUUCCGUUUGAACCGUGUUCACCACGGAAACUAUGGUUCAAGUCAAAAUCGAAGCUAAGCAUUUUCGUGACUUUAGUUUAUACUUUUUUUUUGUAAUAGCUCUAGUAUUGUAACAGAAAUUAUGAAGUAAUUCGGAUGGGUUAUCGUUGGAUACGAAAUUUAUAUAUUUUUUCUUUAAAAACAAAUCUGUCUUCAAAUUAUUAUAUCACAUUUUUAAAUGCAUCAAUAAAUUACGUUGAAAAAUUUUAUUUUUUUGAAACGUUUUAUGAAAUAAAAAGCGGAUAAAAUCUAA